UUUGUUUACGCUUCUAUGUUAAAGAUUUCUUUCCAGGGUGUACUUAUACCAUGCCUCUUAAACAUCUGGGGUGUAAUGCUGUUUCUGCGCAUCGCGUGGGUGGUGGCGCAGGCUGGUAUCGGCUUGUCUCUUGUCAUCAUAACCCUUUCAGGAGUGGUGUUCCUCAUCACUACACUGUCCUUGAGUGCUAUUUGUACUAACGGACAAUUACAAGGAGGCGGUGUUUAUUACCUAGUUUCAAGAUCUUUAGGAGCUGAACUGGGUGCGUCAGUUGGCAUAAUAUUUGCAUUCGCCAAUGCUGUGGCAGCGAGCAUGAACACAAUAGGUUUCUGCGUCCUUAACGAACUGCUCAAGUCGCACGGUGUCAAAAUUAUUGAUAACAAUGUCAAUGAUAUUAGAAUUGUGGGAGCCAUCGCCCUGUUCGUAAUGUGUAUUAUUUGCGCCGUGGGUAUGGACUGGGAAACAAAGGCACAAAAUUUUCUCAUAACAGUAAUAGUAUUAGCUAUAUUUAAUUAUAUCAUAGGAGCAUUUCUGGGCCCUUUAGAUGAUGAGACCAAAGCUGAAGGAUUCUUUGGUAUAAGCUUAGAAAUGGGGACAGCGAACUGGGCUCCAGAUUUUCGAUACAGUGAAGGGCAAAAGCAUAACUUUUUCAGUGUUUUCGCUGUUUAUUUUCCCGCCGUGACCGGAGUGCAAGCGGGAGCAAACAUUUGUGGUGAUCUCAAGGAUCCGGCGACAGCUAUUCCGAAAGGCACACUAUUAUCUUUGGUUAUAUCGAUAACCAGUUACUACGCCAUGGCCGUGCUUUCUGGUAUGGGUGCCCUGCGUGACGCUAGCGGUGACACGUCCAAUCUAACCGCAGCCGCCCUCGAAGCGUGCAAACCUAACUGCGAGUAUGGGCUUCAUAAUAACUAUCAGAUAAUGCAAUUAAUGGCGCUAUGGGGUCCUCUCAUCUACGCGGGUUGCUGGGCGGCCACGCUGUCCACCGCCCUGACCAACUUGUUGUCAGUGCCUCGGUUGAUACAAGCACUUGGGAUAGACCGGAUAUACCCUGGCCUUAUCUUCUUCUCCAAGCGUUACGGACGACACGGCGAGCCGUAUAGAGGAUACGUUCUUACGUUUUGCGUUUCCCUGUUGUUCUUGCUUAUUGCUGACUUGAAUACAAUAGCGCCUUUGAUUACCAACUUUUACUUGGCGUCUUAUGCGCUCAUUAAUUUCUGUACGUUUCACGCUGCAUUUGUCCAGCAUCUUAAUUGGCGACCUACAUUUCGGUUCUACAACAAAUGGUUAUCAUUCGCCGGCUUUAUAAUAUGCGCUAUGAUAAUGUUAAUCAUAAGUUGGAUUAUGGCUUUAACAACUAUCUUUAUAUUUAUGACCCUAUAUCUACUAGUCCUUUAUAGAAACCCAGAAAAUAUACCAUGUUUGUUGUUUUUACACACGGGGUACAGCAAGACGUACAAUCCUCAGCUAUUAGUUUUAGCCGGAAAACCUUUUUUGAGACCGGCUCUCUUGGAUAUUGCCAAUCUGAUAACAAAAAUUGGUUCAUUCAUGGUUGUUGCUGACAUAGAUCAGAGUACUUUAAUGUACGAAGAACGCGUAGUUCGAACACGUAUUGCCGAAAAUUGGCUUCGUUCACGCAAAUAUCGUGCUUUCUACGUUCUAGUGCACGGUUAUAGUUUCGAACGAGGCGCCAUAGCGACCAUUCAAGCCGCCGGGCUGGGGAGACUCUCGCCUAACAUUCUUCUCCUUGGUUUUAAGGAGAAAUGGAGAAUUUCAAGUCAAAAAGAUAUUAACGCCUAUUUCAAAAUUAUUCAACAUGCGUUUCUACAACAAAUUGCCGUUGCUAUAUUUCGCACGCCCGGCACGGCACGCAAAAAAAGCAGAAUUCCAACUCCAUCGUUUGCCACCGACACUGAUCAAGACGAGUCAAACAUGCAUUCAGAAGUUUUAACACUCAUGAAUUGUAACUCGGAUACUGAGGAGGACGACACGAGCCGAAGUGAAUGGACGGACAGCCAGGCUAAAGAUAUAACGAUAUCCUCGCUGUCGGCUGCGUCAGAUUUGAUAAGUGUAAACAGUUCUGUACAAGAGCCAAAAGUUACAUCCCCGAAUACCGUGUACCACAAACCAUUAACAUUUAGUCAAGAAAAUUCCAUAGAUGUGUGGUGGCUUUACGAUGACGGUGGCCUGAAUAUACUUCUGCCGUACAUUAUAGCACGGCGCGGUCGCAAGGAGAAGAUGCCGAUGCGAAUAUUUGCAUUUACUAAAGGACAACUAAAUGUACACGAAGCGAAAAAACAUAUGGAAGAGUUGCUUGCCAAAUUCCGUAUAGAAUAUUCUCGACUCACGCUAGUGCAGGGGAGUAGCGACCCGCCGAGUGAAGAUAGUUGGGCGUUAUGGAAUAGUAUAAUAAAAGAUUUUAAAACAACAGAAAACAGUGAAGUUCUUAUAUCGGAAGCUGAGCACGAAAGACAACUCAAGAAGAUCACCAGGUAUCUGCGUUUACGGGAGUUAUUGCUGCAAUAUUCAUACAAAGCGGACCUCAUCGUCAUCUCUCUACCCUUCCCAAGGAAGGACGCGGUGUCUGCGGCGCUGUACAUGGCGUGGCUGGAGGUGGUGAGCCAGAACCUGCCGCCCAUGCUGUUCGUCCGCGGCAACAACACCUACAUCAUGGCGGCGUAGCUUGCUAGCGAUGUCAAAUAAUACUAAUAGGUUUGCAAUCAUUUUUGUAUUACCUCAAGUAUUUUAUAAUUGUACCAAAUAUAAAUAAGGUUUCAAUAAAACGAUCACAUAAUAUAUUACAA